ACAGCGGCAUAGCCCGCGACGAGAUACCAUGUCACUCGUCUGCCCCCGCUGCGGCCCGCCGCUAGCGCUCGCCGGCCGCCACCGCCGCCGCCCGCAUUGGGCCCGAGCCGUCGCGCCCAAAUGCGAGGCCUCCCCCUCCCAUCCUCCCGUCCUGACCCGGAGGGCCGUGUCCGCCGCCACGCUGCUCCUCGCUACCCUCCCCUUCCCCGCCUCGUCGCCGCAACUCCCCGUCGCCUCCGCGUCCGAGGCGGCGGCGGCGGCGGCGGCGGCGGAAGCACAAGGAGAAAGUGGAGUUCCAGAGGGGCUAGAACUGGAGCGGUACACCGACCAGGAGCAGGGCUUCACCCUCCUCAAGCCGGCCUCCUGGCCCAAGGUGGAGAAGGCGGGCGCGACGGCUCUGUUUCAGCAGGAGGGGAAAGGGAGUAACAAUAUUGGGGUUGUCGUCAACCCUGUCCGGCUCAAUUCGCUGACGGAGUUUGGGACGCCGCAGUUUGUCGCCGACAGGCUUCUGCAGGCAGAGAAGAAGAAGGAAAGCACCAAGUCUGCUGAGGUGAUUUCAGCUGGAGAAAGAUCAGGUCAUGGUGGCUUGACAGUGUAUGAAAUUGAGUAUGCACUGGAUAGCACCAGGGGAGGGAUGAAGCGGAUCUUCUCAGCUGCAUUUGUUGCUUCAAGGAAGCUCUAUCUGCUCAAUAUUGCCUACUCAGACGCCAAGGAGAAGCCCUUGGACAGCCAGACUAGAACUGUUCUGGAACAAGUUCUCCAUUCUUUUGAUUCUGUAUAGUUGAUAUUUUAACAAUAGAGGUAUGAGUUUUUUUUAUUAUUUUCAGAAUUUUCUUUCGCUUGAAAAUACAGUCCCAAGUAUUUGUUUCUUGCUUUGUAAAAAGAGUCCUAAUCAAAUGGUCGCUGUGUUCUUGUCCAAAUACUGUUGUACCAUUAUCAGUGACUAAGGCUAUAAGUUAUUUCGUUUUAGAUAAUGAGCUUCAUUUUCCGCAAA